AUGGGGUGCAGAACUCUGUGCUUCGGAUUCUUUUGUGUUCUAUUUGCUUACUGUGUUUAUACACCUGUUCCAGAGAAUAUUGAAGAACCCUGGAAAGUGAGAUUCAUGGAUGCUCUCAUAAAAACGAUAUCAUUUGUGGGCACAUUAUUUGAAAACAUAGGUCUUAUGAAAUAUGAAGAAGUAUUUUCACUAAUAGCAGCAGCUCACUAUACAAAACCAAUUUCAGAUGAAAACAUUACAGUGAUUGACACAAACUUUAGUGACAUUCCUGUUCGUCUGUACUUGCCAAAAAAGAAGUCUGAAAGACAGAGACCAGCUGUAAUUUACAUUCACGGUGGCAUCUUUGUCUUCGGAAGUUGCAAGAUAUCAACCAGUGACGACCUGAACAGAUGGACAGCAAACAAGCUUGGUGCUGUUGUUGUGGGAAUAGACUACAGACUUGCUCCUCAGUAUCGAUUUCCAACUGCCCUUGAAGAUUGUGUUUUUGCAAGCAAGUUCUUUCUCCAGGAUAAGGUUCUUGCAGAAUAUGGAGUGGAUCCCUCUCGCAUCUGUGUUAUGGGAGACAGUUCUGGGGGUACCUUGGCAGCAACAGUGGUUCAACUGUUACAGAAUGAUCCAGAAUUCAAAGACAGAAUUAAGGCACAAGCCUUGAUAUAUCCUGGCCUCCAGUUGAUUGACACCUUUCUGCCAUCAUAUCAAGACUAUAAACAUGGUCCAGUUCUGUCCAGGGAGGUGAUAAUUAAGUUGGCAUGCCUAUAUUUGACUGAAGAUGAAGCACUGCCCCAGGCUUUACUGAAGAAUGAACACAUCCCUGAAGAGUCAAGACACCUGUUCAAGUUUGUCAACUGGAGUGACUUCCUUCCUGAGAAGUAUAAAAAGAACCAUGUUUACACGGAGCCCAUCUUUGGGAAAUUGAAUGCUUCCUAUGUGGCGCUUAUGGAUCAUAGGCUGUUCCCUUUGUUAGCCAAUGACUCCCAGUUACAGAGUUUGCCCCAGACCUACAUCCUAACUUGUGAACAUGACAUCAUACGAGAUGAUGGUCUCAUUUACGUCACACGGCUUAGAAAUGUUGGGGUCCAAGUUACCCAUGAUCACAUGGAGAAAGGAAUCCAUGGAGCCAUGUCAUUUACCAGAGCUCCGGUAUUUUUAUAUUCAGGAUUAAAAAUGAGAGAUAAGUAUAUUAGUUGGCUAGAGGAAAAUCUAUAA